AGAGCGCUAUAAAAAGCCAUUGGGAAGUUGGACUCCACUGGCAACAGGAGUUAGCAGGUGGUGCGAGAGAGCAACCACCAGCCGAGGCUCACACCCAGCGAUGCGUGUGCGCAGCCCCUCGGUCGGGAGGCGAGGGCAAAGCUGAGAGCAGAAACCUUUGAGGGUUUCCGUGGUUAGCCUGGAGUCGUGCUUGGAGGGAGGAAGGGUGCAGAGCAGGGCGGCUGGCAGAAGAGGAAGGGAGCCCUGCACGGCUCCCCUCAGGACCCUUUCCUGCAGAAUCCCGAGGGUGCCGAGCCAUCCUGGUGGAGCAGCAGCAGACAAAACCCCAGGGACGAAGGCACACGGAGCUGGUUUGGGGACGACAUUGCGUGCGCCUGCCCGGGGCUCGGCUCAGCGGGGCUGGGAGUUUGAGCAAGCAAAUCCCACCCAAGCAGAGACGCGCGCCAGCGGGCGCAGUCACAGCGGCACCUUGCAGCACUCAGCGAUGUCAUGCAGGCUUCCACACUGGUGUAAACAAGGCUGGUGCGGAGCUGUCAAGCCAGCACACUUCCUCCUGGCUGCAGGGCUGCACUCCGCUGGGGUUCUGCCCGACAAGGAAUGACCUACACUCCAUUUCCUGUGCCAAAUGUUUCCAGCAGCCCCAACAUGACGCAGAGCAACUGGACCUGCUCUGAUUCCAAUGUAACGUACAAAUCCACCCUGUACGCAGCCACGUACACCAUGAUCUUCAUCCCCGGCCUCCUGGCCAACAGCGCUGCCCUGUGGGUCCUGUGCCGCUUCAUCAGCAAGAAGAGCAAAGCCGUCAUCUUCAUGAUCAACCUGGCCGUGGCCGACCUGGCCCACGUCCUCUCGCUGCCACUGCGAAUAUACUAUUAUAUCAACCGCAUGUGGCCUUUUGGGAAAUUCCUUUGCUUACUGUGCUUCUACCUGAAGUACCUCAACAUGUACGCCAGCAUUUGUUUCCUCACCUGCAUCAGCAUCCAGCGGUACUUUUUCCUGUACCAGCCGUUCAGAGCCAAGGACUGGAAGAGGCGGUAUGAUGUAGCCAUCAGUGCAGCCGUCUGGCUCUUCGUCGGGGCGGCGUGCUCCCCAUUCCCCAUCAUGCGGAGCUAUGUAAACAACUCCGAAACCUGCUUUGCGGACCUUGAAGUUCGACAGAUUCAAAGCAAUGUGGCCACUGUGGCGAUGACAGUCACAGCGGAGCUCUUUGGGUUCAUUGGCCCCCUCAUCAUUAUUUUGUUCUGUACUUGGAAAACAAAGGACUCUCUUCGGGACUUCCAGAUACCACUGCAAAACAACACCGAGAGGCGGAAAGCUUUAAGGAUGGUUUCCAUGUGUGCCAUUGUGUUCUUUGUGUGUUUUGCACCAUAUCACAUCAACUUCUUUUUCUACAUGAUGGUGAAAGAAAAUGUUAUUACAGAUUGCCUCCUGCGUAGCAUCACACUCCACACCCAACCCUUUUGCUUAGCUCUUGCAAGUCUGGACUGCUGUUUGGAUCCAAUCCUGUAUUUUUUUAUGACUUCAGAGUUUCAGGACCAGAUAUCAAGACAUAGCAGCAUGGUCAUCAGGAGUCGGCUCAUGAGCAAAGAGAGUGCCUCAUCAAUUAAGGAAUGAAAGGAAAGACAGCUUAAAGCAAUUAAGAUAUUUCAUCUGAAAUCCAGGACUGUUCUGUGAUACUCGAUUACCAACUCCAUUGCCAAAAUCCUGCAUGUGUAUUUAGGGGAGUUUUGUGGCAGUGGAAGUCUUUUGAUACAUACAAGAUAAAACUUUAAGACCAAUAUGUUGGAAGGCGAUGAGUGACCCAAUGGGUGUGACUACACCUAUCACUGUGAUGCCCAUGCCUGACCUAGCAGGACCAGAAAACCUACAGAAGGGAGUGACAAAGAUUUUGCUGGGAAAUGAUGGAAAAAUACGAGGAACUUUUUUUCUUUUUUUUUUCCCAUUUCUCCAACUCCACUGACUCUAUGGUCAAACCAAAGACAAUCAUUCAUCCAUACACCGACAUCUGUUGAAAUAUCUUCUCUGCUAAAAAUACACAGUCUAUGCAAGAAUGUGAAGGUGACCGGUAGAAAAAAAUGGCAGUUUUGGUCUCCCCACUCAGGGACGCAGACAAAUGAAGGGUGGCUGUUUGCUUCGGCCCGGCAGCCCCAGAUUGCUGCUGCCUGCUCCUGGCUUUUAGUGAAUUCCACUGGUCACCAUACUUACCUCUGCUUUGCUCUUUCCCACUCUUGUCCAUCAAUUCCUCCUCCUCACCCAGCUCUAAGUUUGCUCCUUAAUUAUGGACACAUCCUGUACCUUACACCUACAGCUGGUACUGCGGUGGGGGGCCACCCUCUACAAGUUCUCCUGAUGGCUCCUCAAACACUCUGUAGAGUGGGACUUUUCCUUGCUCCAACUGACCGUCUUCCCCUCCGAGCUGUCCCCAUCAGCACGGGGGGCUUCAUCACCCAGCCUUCACCUUCAGACCCCAAGGGGCAGCACUGCCACGACCAUGGGUUGUGUGCAGCCAGACUCAGCAUCGGUUCCCGUUAGAUUUGUUGCCCCCAGUGGUACCAUCUAGGUCCUCACCCUCUUUGGUGUGUGGCUUCUUCAGCCCAGAGGUGCCUGUGAUGGAACCACGCUGUGAAAUCUCUUCUCGAUGGGUUCCGCUGACGCAUCUUUUAAAAGAGAAAGGUGCCCUUGCCGAAGUGGUUUCAGUAAGAGAGCAAAGGCUAAUUUCUUCAGCAAAUUGUUCGCUGUGAUUUUUACCAUCAGCUCCUCUGCUGAUCUUAAUGUUUACAUUUUUAUAAUUUCAUCAGCUAUAAAGAUGUUAAAAGCAAUGACAAGAAACAAUGUAAUUUACCCCUUAUUUUAAUAAGUGGUAGCUCUUAGGUCAAAUUCACCCACUUUGUGUAACUUCAAGGGUUUCCUCAUGAUAUCUAGGGAUACACAGGCAACUGAUUUAUUCCCUUUGAAACUGGUGACUGUCCAAAGCAAGUAUGUAAAAUUCUUGGUAAGCGCCAGUGGCAGCAUCUUAGAUGUCAGUACAAAAUAGAAAAAAUACCAGAAACAUUUGCUGGGUAUAUUUGAAAUCUAACUACUCAAUUUCACCUAAUUACAUUUUGACUUAAUCAAAAAUUUUGGAAUAUCACUGGUUUUUAAUCGUCUGUUUCACAGUGAAGUGGGAAAAAACAAACAGACUGGUUUAGAUAACCAUAAUGCUGGACUUCCUUGAAAAGGCAGUGAAAACGUAUUAAUUAAAUA